CUCCCUUAAAGCUAAGAAACUUUCAGAUCUUGCAACCUUUCUUCUCCCCUGCUACCGGUUUCAGCUUGGUGAGGGUGGGGAUUUUUUGGUUUUCUGCCCCAUGAGGUUCCCCUUCAACUUCCGUCGACUGCCAAGCUCGCCACACCCAGUUUGCUGGCCGAAAAUUCGGGAAUUUGGUUAAUUAGGCUGUUGUGAUUUUUGGAGAGAAACCCCGUGAGAUUAGCUAUUGUUUUGACAAUUUUGGAAGUUGCAGUUACUGUUCACGGGCACUGUUCACGCACUAAUGGCCAACAAUAGGAGGGUUUAAAUGUGUAGUUAUAUUGAGAAUAAAAUUGACAUAUUAGGUCAUAUGGUUGAAUUUCGUGUGAAGCUCAUUGUGUACCCGCUAGUGGGAGGUUUAUAAACGCUAACACAUGUCGACAUGUUAUUGAUAGAACCGAUUCGUUCAAGUGACCCUGCUAGUGGGGGUUAUACACCAGCAAAUAGUGUAGCUUGUCAGUGGGAGGCUAUCCAUAUUUAUUUACUGAGUGAUCUCAUAGUUUUUCCUUGUCUACCAUUACAAGAAGCGAAGUCAAGGACAGGGAAAAACGAGGGGAGUGACGAGUUAGAAGGCUAGCCAUCUUGUAAAUUGAGCAUAGAUUUAGAUAUAAAUCAUGAUCUUCUAA